GACCUCCACUGCUAAUUUCUCUGGACGACACACACACUACUAUAUAUAUAUCCACCACAUUUUCACAACAAACCCUAAAUCUUCUUCUAUCGCAUAAUCUUCACUCUCUGCAAGCGGCUUCUUUCACUCUGUCCAGAUUGAUUUCGUUAUAAAGGGUGAACAAUUUGCUACUGUGAAGCCAUGGCUCUGGUUCUACAUGCGAGUAGUACAAACAAGAAUGGCUUCAAGGCACUCAUUGCUGCAGAAUUCAGUGAUGUAAAAAUUGAACUUGUUAAGAAUUUUGAGAUGGGUGUAUCAAACAAGACUCCUGAGUUCCUCAAAAUGAAUCCUAUUGGAAAGAUUCCUGUACUUGAAACUCCCGAUGGUCCAAUAUUUGAAAGCAAUGCUAUUGCUCGAUACGUUACACGGCUGAAGGCAGAUAACCCCCUGUAUGGCACUUCCUUGAUUGACUAUGGCCGCAUUGAGCAAUGGAUUGACUUUGCCACUACUGAGAUCGAUGUUAAUAUUGGUCGUUGGUUAUAUCCGCGAAUUGGUAUAGCUAUAUACCUUCCUCCGGCUGAGGAGCCUGCAAUUGCUGCAUUGAAAAGGUCGCUGGGAGCAUUGAACACCCAUCUGGCUUCUAACACCUACUUGGUUGGUCAUGGCAUCACACUGGCUGACAUUAUUAUGACAUGCAACCUGAGUGCUGGAUUUACGCGUAUCAUGACUAAGAGCUUUACAUCAGAGUUCCCUCAUGUGGAGAGAUACUUCUGGACCAUGGUUAAUCAGCCAAAAUUUCAUAAAAUAUUGGGUGAUCUGAAACAAACAGAAUCUGUCCCUCCCGUUGCAUCCAAGAAGCCUGCACAGACUAAAGAAUCUGCAAAACCCGAACCAAAGGAUGAGCCAAAGAAAGAGGCGAAGAAAGAAGUAGUGAAGCCGAAAGACGUAGCAGCAGAGGAAGAAGAAGCACCCAAGCCAAAGCCUAAGAAUCCAUUGGAUCUUUUACCUCCAAGUAAGAUGAUUCUGGAUGAAUGGAAGAGGCUGUACUCUAACACCAAAAGCAACUUCCGUGAGGUUGCCAUUAAAGGAUUCUGGGACAUGUUUGAUGCCGAGGGAUACUCUCUUUGGUUCUGCAAUUACAAGUACAACGAUGAGAACACAGUUUCCUUUGUGACUUUGAACAAAGUGAGUGGCUUUUUGCAGCGAAUGGAUUUGGCCCGCAAAUAUGCCUUUGGGAAGAUGUUGAUCAUUGGUUCUGAGCCCCCAUUCAAGGUGAAGGGAUUGUGGCUUUUCCGGGGUAAAGAAAUUCCUCAGUUUGUUCUUGACGAGUGUUAUGACAUGGAGCUCUAUGAGUGGACCAAGGUCGAUCUCAAUGAUGAGGCUCAAAAGGAACGUGUCAACCAGAUGAUUGAAGAUGCAGAGCCUUUUGAGGGUGAGGCUCUGCUCGAUGCCAAGUGCUUCAAAUGAAGAUACAUAUUGUUCCCGAAGGUUUGUGUAGUUUAAGGACGUAGCCUACCUUUAUUUUGUCAUCCAAAAUUCUAGGUUAUCCCUGAUUCAAUAGGAAGUUGAUGAAGUUGAUCAGAAUUGUUUUUAUGUUGGUGUUUUGUAAUUUCUGAUUUUUGUUCCGGGUGAUUUUGUUAUGGUAUAUUUAAAUUCGAAAGGAAACAUUUGGGUUUAAAAGUUUGCUUGCUAGUUAAUGGCGUUAUGUUUGGCUUAGCUAAAAAAGGUAGUUAUUUUUAA